CUAGAAUUAUGUUGCUAAUCACUGUUGCUCAGUGUUCAUCUGCCGCCCUCUUCCCCCACUGAUCAACCAUUGUACCCUCCACACCGACAUAUCGACCGCCUUUAGUGCCGCGUGGCGCCCACGUCGCUCUUCAUCUCCUUUCAGUCUGGGUCCGACGGCCAUCGUUGCCCGGAAAAGUGGCACCAUGACUUUCCUAGUCCCACUCGCCACAAAAAAGCGCCAGAGAGCCUUUGCCAAACGAUCUCGCACCGGCUGUCGAACCUGUCGACAUCGCCGGAUCAAAUGUGAUGAGACCCCCGGGCAAUGCAGGAAUUGCACCUCCACGGGUCGUCACUGUGAAGGUUACGACACGGCCCGUAAGCAGUGGGCCCCAGACCCGGCCACUACCACCGCUAGUCGCGGUCCCGGGGCCCCCCGGCUGCCCCGGCUGGCCGCGGGGGUCCACUCCUCCUUGACCUCGGCCGAGCGCCAGGGCAUCCAUUAUUUUCAGCAUUGCACCAUCCCAACUCUCGUCGGGUUCUAUGAUUCUGCCUUGUGGGAGAAGCUAAGUCUUCAAAUCAGCCACGCUGAGCCGGCCGUCUGUCAUGCUUCUAUUGCCCUGAGUGCCGUCCAUCGCGGGUUUCCGCUGGGAGGACCCCUCCAAAAAGAGUGGUAUCACUUCGCGUUCGAGCAGCUGGAACGGUCGUUUCGCUUGCUUAUGCGCCGUCGGGCUUCGCAGGAUCCGCAAUUUACUAAUGUUGUGCUCUUGUGCUGUGUGAUGUUUGUGGCGCUCGAGUUCAUGGUGGGGGAGUAUGAAAACGCCUUUCGGCAUUUGCAGGGUGGUUUGCAGAUUUUGAAACACGGGAAGAGACAAACCUAUAGGGGUACAAGCCCGUUCGUUGAACAGUGUCUGGUGGACACGUUUGCAUGUUUGGAUAUCCAGUGCGCGUAUUUCGGCAGCGGAGACCGCGUGUUAUGUGAAGGUCCUGAGGAUUCGGGCUUCCAUCACGACGUGGAGGAUCCCCCAUUAUGGCGCUUCAAGUCAGUCCACGAGGCACGUCAGGCAUUGGAGCCAAGCACCGGCGAUGUCAUUCAAUUCUGUGGACUCCGAGUCACGGCAGGGUACAAGGAAUCUCCCAUGCCCCGGCAACUUGAAAUUCUCACUCGCUUGGACCGGUACCUUGAUGCUCUGACUGAGUUUCGUCACGAAUACGCUGACCGACUCAGUCCAAAGGAUAUCAAGGGUGUGAAAUUACUAGAGCUGGAAGCCUUAGGAGCGAGAGCAUCGCUCCAAGUCAUUCCGUACUUUAACUGCGAUCCUGCCUUGGACCAGUAUACGGAUGACUUUGAACUCUUGCUCUCUCUGUCAGAGGCUGUGCUACGCGAGAAUUGGGAUAUCCCACGAGUUAGUAUGGAUAUUGGGGUGAUUCCACCUCUGUACCUGGUGGCUAAGCGAAGCGAGGACUACGACCUGCGGUGGCGGGCAAUUCAGCUGCUUCAGUCCUGUCCACACCAGGAAGGACCCUGGGAUGCGGCUCUGCUUGCUCGGAUUGCAAUAGAGAUAAUCAGGAUUGAAGCUGUGGUUGCUCUGGAGAGAAAAGGCUCGGUUGCAGCAGCUCAGUUCCGCCAGAAACCUCCUGCUUUUGGAGGCUUUGUGAUGAUGUCGGAUGACCGUCGCCAUUUCCGGGUGCCAUUUCUGGUCGGAAAGGUCGAGAAGCACUGGUGUUUUGACCUGGAUGAUCAGCAGUCGGGGGUUAAAUCUAUGCCUGUGCCGGGGGAGAGUGCUGCUGGUUGGCACCGAGUGAUCCCGAGCCAUCUUCGGUUCGUGGAGUAGUCGAGGAUCUCUAUAGCAUGUACGGCAGGCCUACAGCCGGUUUUAAC